AUGUUAAGCGAGUGCCUGCUCCUGGCCCCUGCGUGGAACGUCAGGAGUUCCUUGCCCCCCGGUCGUUCAAUUAAACACAGCUCUGAGCCAGACGCGGCAAGGACGCGGUUACGCGACUCCACGAUCUUUCCCGACGCGAUUCCCAGCACUGCCGGGGCACGGCACUUGCUGCAGUCCCAAAAAGCCUUCCUUUAUCCCAACUAG